AUGUAUGACUCUGGUGUUGAUACAAUAGAUGAUUGUACAAUCAUAUAUGCAGGUAUGUCAAGUGAUAACAAAACAAAAGAAGCCCGUGGUGUAACAAUAUUCCUCGAUCGACAAGCAACUGGUGCAUGGAAAAACUUAGAAUCAAUAUGGGAAGCGAACGAGGAGCUCAUUAAGGCAUUUCAAGACGAAUUGGCCAAGCGGACAACAAAUACAACUACUACAAGUUCAAAUAUCGAUCAAAAAUACAACGAAUUUGUCCAUCGUACCAAAAAUCUUAGCGAAACAAUUUUUGGUCAAAACAACAAUAAUACAACACAAAAGAAAUGGAUUACAGAUGAAAUACUUCACACAAUAGAUAAGAAAGCAGAAGCUUUUCUUCAAUGGCAAAAUUAUCGUCCAACUAGACAUGGAAGAAAAUAUUAUGAACAAUAUCGACGAUUAAGAAACUUGGUCAAGAAGAAAAUAAAAGUGAGACAAAUGGAAUAUUGGGAUGAACUCAGUGAAGAAAUUGAAAACGCAAUCAAACAACAUGAUUCAUCAACCACAUUUGCUACGAUAAGAAGGUUCCAAGGUGGUAGAACAAAUAUAGAACAUUUACCAAUACAAGACAAAAAGGCAACAUCCUGA